UAAACUAAUCAUAUUCAGACGCGUGGAAGGUUGUCAGGUCUGUGAUAAUGUGUGUCAUUUCUCAGAGUUGUAUAUAAGGAGGUGGAGCUUUGUACAUUUAACAUAUACACACAGAGACAGAGGGGGGGGGGCAGAUUUUAGAGGGAGAAAGCGCUUCAUAGAGAAGUGCUUUCCGGUGAUUUCUACAACGUAAUCUGACUCUUAGGUUGUGUGAAACAGGGAUUUGAACAAAAAUGGGAGCAGGAGGACGAUUGUCUGUUCCGGCUACCGAAGCCGAAGAAAAGAAGAACCCCCUUAAAAGGGUGCCUUACUCGAAACCUCCAUUCACAGUUGGUGACAUCAAAAAAAUCAUCCCACCCCACUGCUUUAAGAGAUCUCUCUUGCGCUCGUUCUCCUAUGUUGUUUAUGACCUAUUUCUUGUUUUCCUAUUUUAUUACAUUGCUACAUCGUACUUCCAUCUACUUCCAUCCCCCUUCAGCUACCUUGGUUGGUCUGUUUACUGGAUCCUUCAAGGCUGUGUUUGCACUGGAGUCUGGGUCAUUGCCCAUGAAUGCGGCCACCACGCAUUCAGUGAUUACCAGUGGGUCGAUGACACAGUCGGUCUUAUCCUCCACUCUACCCUCCUAGUGCCCUAUUUCUCAUGGAAAUAUAGUCACAGACGACACCAUUCCAACACUGGCUCCCUCGAGCGUGAUGAAGUCUUUGUCCCGAAGCCCAGAUCCAAACUCUCGUGGUUCACCAAGUACUUGAACAAUCCACCAGGCCGGGUCAUGACACUUGUUAUCACCCUUACACUCGGCUGGCCUCUGUACUUGGCCUUCAACGUCUCAGGCCGGCCUUAUGAUCGUUUUGCCUGCCACUAUGAUCCGCAUGGCCCAAUAUAUAAUGACCGUGAGCGACUUCAAAUCUACAUUUCUGAUGUUUGUGUUAUCGCCACAUCAUAUAUCCUUUACCGUGUUGCUUUGGCCCAAGGACUUGUUUGGCUUACAUGUGUCUAUGGAGUACCGUUACUCAUUGUGAAUGGCUUCCUCGUCUUGAUUACAUACCUGCAGCACACACACCCUUCAUUGCCACAUUAUGAUUCUUCUGAGUGGGAUUGGCUGAGGGGUGCUUUGGCGACUGUGGAUCGAGAUUAUGGUGUGCUGAAUAACGUGUUCCACAACAUUACUGAUACGCACGUGGCUCAUCACCUCUUCUCAACAAUGCCACACUAUCAUGCAAUGGAGGCGACUAAAGCAAUCAAGCCACUAUUAGGUGAGUACUAUCAGUCUGAUGGCACUCCAUUUUACAAGGCUAUGUGGAGGGAGGCGAAGGAGUGUCUUUAUGUCGAGCCAGACGAGCCAAACAAGGGUGUUUUCUGGUAUAAGAACAAGUUUUGAAGACUAAAAAUAUAGUUAGUACUAUGUAUUUUCGUUAGUGAAGUUGUGUAUCUAGUGUGUUGUAUGGAAUGAAGACAAUCAGCUUUCAAGUUAGUAUUCUACCUCCAUGGAAUAAGUAUUCGUGCAGGUUCAACCUCAUUAUAUUUUGUUUAUUUUGAAAUAAAAUAGGGACUGUUAAUUAUAUAGCC